UGAGCCCUGUUGCUCAACAGCUUGAUCGAAACAUCUUGUCAUACGCACUCUUUGCUUUGGCAUGGAGGGAAGCAGAUCAGAAACUUCUGCAGCCGAAGAGAGCGAAGAAAUAAUUUAUACUUCUGUUAAAUUCUCUCAGACUUCUCUGACGAGGGCCAAAGCUGCAAAAGAAAAGAGAGCUCCCUGUCUGUGGCCAGCAGUUGUGCCAGGCUUGGCUAUAGCCUUUGGGAUAUUGAGCAUCUCCCUAGCGAUUGCUUUGAUUUGGAAGAUGAGUCACUCCCAUCCACGCUGCCCUGAGCAGUGGGUGGCCUACAGAGGGAGCUGCUACUCCUUCUCCAGGGAGAGGAAGGACUGGCAUUCCAGCCGGGAAUCCUGCCGGGCACAGGGAGCUCAUCUCCUGGUGGUCAACGAUGCCUUGGAAAUGGACCUGUUCAAGAGUAUUCAAACAAGAUGUUUCUGGGUUGGACUGAGGAACAGCACAGGCUCUGGAUGGAUUUGGGAAGAUGGCUCUGUACUCAAUGGCACCAAGGUCCUCUCUAACAGCCCCGUGCAACACUGUGCUGUCCUGAUGAACAAUCACUUUCAAGCCUCCAGCUGUGAAUUUUCUACUUCAUGGAUCUGUGAGAAAUCUCUUAGAUAAAUCCAUAUACAUUUUCAUCUCAUAACCAUCUCAUCAGUAGUACAAGUGGAUCAUUUUCCUGAAAACCAAAGCUCUACACAAGACCAAGGACUUGCCCUUUCCACACCCUCACAAAGGUGUUUUGCAGGGACAGGUUUGUUGCCCGUAAGGGUGAGUUAUCCGUAGUAGUAGGUCCGUUCUCUGUCCACAUGUGUUGGAUUACUGCUGUUUGUGACCAGAUGAGAGCUGGGACAUAUUCCCUGGCCUAGUCUUUGCCUUAUUUGUCCUAUAAUGGCAAACAAAAAUUGUGUCACAACAGAUGCCGGGUCUUCAGAUCUCUGAGCCAGCCAUUUUCCUCCAUUCCUGAGCAUCAGAUUCAUUUCCAUUCCCUGCAUCUCCAUUGUCUGGUGCCAGCAGGGCUGGGAUGAUGAAGCCUGCUUUUCACUGUCAGAAACAUAUAAACAGACUUCUUCCACUGGCAGCCUUUCCUUUUGCGUCCCAGUGAUGUUAGGGGGAGCGAAGAGAGUGAAAUUAGAUAACAGCUUCUGUAAAUCCAGCAGUGAAAAUAAAGCUCCAGUACUGCACUGGACAGCAAGUGUGUA